GCCGAGGCCAGCGAAGCAGAACCGGGUAAGAGACGGCUUCUCUGGGCAAGACAAGGAGAUCCUUCCUUGGGGGCUGUGCUGGAGAGAGCGUGAAGAGGACGGGAGAGUGGCUGCAGCUGGAUCCUGGGGUGGAAGAGCUGCGUCUAGCUGAUCUCUGAGCAGCGCCCGAGGCUCACGUGCACCAGACGCUGCCAGCCCACAUCUGCAGUGGCCAAACCCUUUGCUGCAAGCAUGGACAUCGUGGAGAGGGUCUUCUCUGUGGCCCAGGUCAUCCAUGCCCAAUUUGAGCAGGUGAAGUGCUGUAAGCACCAGUGCCAGCGCCUCGUGGAGCGCAUCCAGAUUCUGCUGGAGCCUGUGAGGAUCCUUAGGGCUCAGCCACGACAGCAUAUCUCCCACCAUGAAGAGGAACUGAUGAAAAAGCUGCUCCAGACCCUGGGGGAAGCCCAGAAACUGGUGAUGAAAUACAGCCAGACCAGCUGGAUCCAGAAGUUCCUGCGAGCCCGAAGCACUGGUGAGGAGUUUGUCUGCGUGAACGAAAGCCUGGAGGACAUUGCCCAGGGGCUCUCGCUCCUGCUGCAGGCAGAGCAGAAGCAGGCGUUCCUGGAAGCUUUCCAGUCAAAGACAUGUCGCAGGCAGGAUGCUGAGGACCUGAGGGAUGACAGAGCUUUCUUGGACCAGGUGAUUGCAAGUACUGAGGAGCCCAAAGAUGUGGUUGAGGAGAUCUACAUCGACAGGGAGUGUAUGGAGAGCAAGGUGGACCGGAUGCAAAGCGAGCUGAACAAAGUCAUUCGUGAGAUGGAGCGCUUGAAGAAGGUCAACGUUGGUAAAAGAGAAGACAUCACUGAGAUCAAGCCAGAGCACCUCACUUUCCACAGGCACCUGCAGGACACAGAGAGCUACGACCUUUAUGAGGGCGAGUACCUCAAGUACCCUGUUGCCAUCAAAACCUUCAAGAGGCCAUUGACCACUGACCCAGUCAAGGUGAGAGACAUCUUUGAGAAGGAGAUUCAGACCCUGAAGAAGUUUGAGUCUCCGAACAUCCUGCGCAUGUACGGGAUCUGCAUUGAGGAGAAAGAUGGGAGCCCCUGCUUCUCCAUCAUCAUGGAGUACUGUAAGCACGGGACGCUGCGGGAUGUGCUGAACAAGCAACAGCACCUUUCCUGGGAUAUCCGCAUUCGGAUGGCCCUGGGAGCUGCCAGAGGCCUUUACAGGUUGCACCAGACAGGAGAGAAGUCCCGACUCCAUGGCUGCAUCUGCAGUAGCAAGUUCCUGGUGGCUGGGGAUUACUGUGUGAAGCUGUCAGGAUUUGAGCUGUGUGAAACAGAAUCAUCCAUCAAGAGGAAAGCCAAGAAGGACUGGAAACAAGUCUCUAUGUUGGCUUACAUCGCUCCAGAGAACCUGAAAGACAUCAACUACCCUUACAAGAGGCCCUGUGAAAUAUACAGCUUCGGGAUCGUUCUGGCAGAGAUUGCAACCUCCAAAAUCCCAUUUGAAGGCUGCACCCCUGAGGAGAUCAUGGAGAAAAUCUGCAAUCACCAUUACUGGGACCCUCUUGGGGAAGAUUGUCCUGAAGACCUGAGGAAAGUCAUUGAACAGUGCCGGGCCUUUGACCCUUCCCAACGCCCUUCUGCCGAGGAGAUUGUGGACUCGCUGGCUGACCUGGAGAAAAGCAGAAACCAAGGAAGCUAACUGUGGAAAGCAGGGCCGGGUGACCUGGGGCAGGAAGCCCAGGGGUGCCACUCGCCCCUCUGCCCCCUCAGAGA